UACCCAGACGACAAUGCAAGUAGUCUGGGUAGCCAUUUGAUUACCACUGACAUCUUGCUCUCGGACAAGCUGAACACCAUCUUCGCCCGUUUCGAGGAUAACACAGUGUCACCGAUGCGGGCCGCUCUCGAGGACUCGUUCUCCAUGGUCGAUGUGAGUAAGACAUUUAACCAUGUUAACCCUGGCAAGGCUACCGGCCCAGACAGCAUCCCAAGCCUUGUCCUCAGAGGCAUACACAGACCAGCUGGCUGGAGUGUAUCCGGACAUAAUCAAUCCCUAACCCAGGCUGCUGUCCCCACGUCAAGAUGUCCACCAUCGUUCUUGUACCCAAGAAAGCCAAGUACACCAGGUCUGACAGCUCUGGGGAAGCUGGACCCUAAGGAGAGUGAAAUGAUCCUGGAGUAUUUCAAAACACAGGUGCUGCUGCUGAAGGACAAGGAACUCUUGCAGAAAACAGUGAGAGAAGAGAAGAAGCUGUUGGUUGAGAACGCUAAGCUAAAGAAAGACAUCUCUGACCUGAAGAUUCUACUUACUGAGAAACAACAGAAGAAGAAAGCCAAAGCAGCAGCCGCCUCCAAACUGACUUCCCAGGGGUCCACAGCUGCCCUGUAUGCCCCAGGCCCCAACCCCAAACCUGGCCCCGUCAGGGAAAGAGAUGGGAGGAGGAGGAGAGGAGAGAGGAAGGGAAAGAGGGAGAGAACAAACUCUGAGUCUGCAUUAGAGGAGGAGCCUCGCAUGGACGUGUCUCGCCUCGACCUGCGGAUUGGUCGGAUCGUUGGCGUCCGCUACCACCCAUUGGCCGGGGCUCUGUAUGUCCAGGAAGUGGAUCUGGGAGAGCCCGCCCCCCGCACGGUGGUCAGCGCGCUACGACACAUACCUAAGGAACAG